AAAUAACUAGUCUCUUCAACUGUUGCCUUUGCUUUUAGCCAAAAGCACUUGGAUUUAGUUUGGUUUCUGCGCAUAAGCGAUCAGAUACGUACAAGUUGAUUAGCUACAACAGCCACAGUCAAGAUCUAUCGGGGCGAUAAAGUCUUAGUUCAAAGAUGGGAUGCGGAGGUAGCAAGGCAGUGAGAACCAGAACAGCUCCAGCACCGAUCGCUCUCGAUCAGGGACAAACUACCACCAUUAUUACUUCUUCCAAAGAGGAGACAAGCCCUUUAAACCACAGAGAACAGCCCGACGGUAAGACAACCGUUGAUCAAACUGUGUCAGAGGGACACCAAGAAACCCAGAAGCCAGAUAAUGAGGAACCAGUCACUCAGAAGCAGAUUUCCUUGGUGCAAGAAACUUGGGGGCUAGUGAAUGGUGAUCUAGAAAAAGUUGGAGUAGACUUUUACAUAAGGUUGUUGAAGGCAGACUCAGAGAUUUUAGAACUGUUUUCAUUCCGAGACAUUGACAAAUCAUCCGAUGACAUCAUGAGAGCCGAUGAUCGACUUAAGAGACAGGCGCUGGUAACAAUGCAACACGUGGACUUGGCCGUGAACUCGCUCAACGAUCUGGGCUCUAUUGUUCCUGCUCUCAAGGACCUGGGAGGGAGACAUACGAUGUACAAAGUCGAAGAACAUCAUUACGUGGUUGCAGGAUCUGCUUUACUCGACACUCUUAACAAUGGUCUAGGGGACAAGUUUACUUCAGAGGUAAAAGAAGCGUGGACUGUUGUCUAUGGAAUCGUUGCGAACACGAUGCAAGCAGGAGCCAAAGAAGUUUUGGAGGGAUAGACAAGGAAACAUCAGUUCAUAUACUCUAUACACAACCAAAAAAUAUUCUGAAAGGGUCUUUUAUAGAACGUUUAUUGCUGCGAUUUCGCCUCAUUCUGAAAACGUUAAAGAAACAAGAAACGUGCUCAAACUUUCAUUGCUUUGUUUAAAACAAAACAAUGCUGCCUGCUUCUCAGGCUUUAAAAAUGUCUUAACUGCCUAAUUGGUCACGGCGACAAAUGUAGACUCGAAUAUACUCAGUACCUUCCGAAGGAAAUCGUCAUCGAUCAGCUGUUAAGAGAUUUUAAAUAUAUAAUUUGGCGAGCCAAGUAUGCAGACAUGUAGAGCAUUUUUCUUCAAAACCACAUCUAGACCUUGACUUCUCCAGAAAAGCUGUUAUAUUGUCGUGCCUUUCAGGCAAACUCAAGUAAGGGUGAGGCGAACCUACGUGCACGCGUGGCGAGUCCUAAGAGCGAGUGAUGUGCGAGACACGCGUGACGUGUGACACGGGUCCUCUCCCGCGUGAUCCACCCUUCACACUUGUCUACAGCUUUCCUCCGAUUCCCCGGAAGACACCAAAAAUUACGUCUCUCAUGCAGGCUAAUCUGUUUUCUUUGCUUUUGCUUUUUCAAGGUUUAUUUACCUAUCAUGAGUUACUGAUACUUACUUUUGCUGUCUUGCUAGUUUUUUUAAUUUAUAAUUCAGAAAGCUGAUAGACUGACUGUUGAUAAGACUGAGUGUCGCGCUUAAGAAAAACGAACACGAUGAUCAUUAAUUGCAAACAAGUUUUAGCGUAAAUUUUUUUGUUCGUGGCUUUCGUUUUUUGCUUAUCUUAGUUUUCGCAUCUGCGUAACUUUUGUUAUCUUUUUUAAUCAGGCAUAUAUUGGUAUUGUAUUGAAGUAUCGGUAGCAGAGUGUUAAGGCCUAUUUACACGGCACGACUUUGUCGCAUGCGACAAGCUUACGACAGGCCUACGACAUGACUUAAGAGCCGUA